AUGAUGAAUUUCAAUAGAGCUAUUGCAAUAGAAGAGACUGAUUUGUUUGAAUGGAGUUAUGGUGUCAUCAUUGAUGCCGGCUCAACUGGAUCUCGUCUUUUUUUGUACAAAUGGAAGGUAGUAUCAGAAAAUAAACUAAUCGAUAUACAUCCGGUUUUCGAUAACUUCAAUCUUCCUGUUGUAAAAAAAGUCACUCCUGGACUUUCUUCUUUUUCUGAUUCUCCAGACAGCGCUACGGGUUACAUGAAGCCUUUAUUCGAUUAUGUAAACAGUUAUGUGCCUGAAACUAAGGUACUUUAUACCCCUGUCUUUAUUUUUGCUACUGCUGGUAUGCGGCUUCUCUCAUUAAGCUCUCAAGAAGCCAUACUGCAGAACUUACGUACUAAUCUUCCUUCAGUAACGCGCAUGCAUAUUGUACCGGAAAACAUUCGAGUUAUAGAAGGAAAGUGGGAAGGAAUUUAUUCGUGGAUAGCUGUGAAUUACAUCUUAGGGAGAUUUGAUGAAAACAUAUCUGGCAGCCAUCGGAAGUCGACUGUUGGUAUGGCUGAUAUGGGGGGUGCAUCAGUUCAAAUUGCUUUUGAAGUUGGUAAAAAGGAUUCCACGUCGGGAGGGGGUUAUGAAGAAGUGAAUCUUGGCUGCACGAAUGACGAUUUGUACAAGUAUCGCCUGUUUGUAACUACAUUUCUUGGUUAUGGUGUUAAUGAAGGGCUACGGAAGUAUGAGCAGUCACUUAAUCGUUCUAUAACAUUUGAUAACGAUACUGCACCAGUGAUUGUAAAGGAUCCAUGUUUGCCAUUGAAUUUGGUCAAAAGAGUUGGGGCAAAAAAUUCCUCCUAUUUUAUACGAAAGGGCACUGGUAACUGGGAAGAAUGUUUCCUGGACGUUUCAAAACUAAUCACAGAAAGUUCAGAACCGCAGUGUUACAAAGAAAAGUGCUAUUUGGGGAAAGUGGUCGCACCUUCACUGUCAUUGUCGUCCAUAGAACUCUACGGUUUUAGCGAAUAUUGGUUUUCGUUGGAAGAUGUUCUUGAUCUUGGUGGGACAUAUAACUUCUCUGCUGUGGUCACAAAAGCUAGGAGAUUUUGUAGACAA